AUGGAAUUGUUGGACGUGGGUCUGUCAAGCCUGCGUGGAACCACGUUGCUCGGCCUGGUGGUUACAAUUGCUGUCUCGUGGUUCUUCGUUUCCACAUUCAAGGCCUGGUACCGACUUUCCCAUGUUCCCGGUCCCUUCCUAGCCUCCUUCUCAUCCCUAUGGGUUGUCAAGCAACUCCUCAAAGCACGCAUCGCCCCCGCAUUGCUGGGAUUACAAGAGUAUGGCCGUCUGGUAAGGGUGGGACCAAACUACCUCCUGACAGAUGACCCAGAGACUCUCCGACAGAUCUCAGCUGCCAGGAGCCAAUAUAACAGAGACGAGUGGUGGGUUAGCCUCAGCUUGACUCCUGGGUCUACGAAUCUAGCAACCAUUCUGGAAGCAGAACCCCAUGAUAAGGUCAAAGCUAAGAUGGCUGCCGCCUACGGUGGCCGUGACAACAUGGAUAUGGAGAAGAGGGUCGAGGGCAAGAUUUCACAUCUAAAGGAUGUUCUGCGGCAACGGUAUUUGUCCGAAGGCGAUAAACUCAUUUCCGUGGAUCUCGCCCGCCUUGCCUACUACUUCACUCUGGACGUCAUUACCGACCUGUCUUACGGUGAGGCAUUUGGAUUCUUGGACGCUGAGGACGAUUUGUACAAUUAUACGCGAUCUCUUGAUCAGUUGUUGGUGGUAACGGGUCUCUUCUCCGAAAUUCCUUUCUUGCGAAAAAUUAACAAUACCUUCGUGGGAGAUAUGUUCAAACCGAAAUUCUCAGACAAGUCAGGCAUGGGACGGCUGAUGAGGAUUGCCCGCGAUAUCAUUGAGAAGCGAUUCGAGAGCGGCGAACAGAACCAUGGAGAUAUGUUGGGAUCUUUCAUGCGGCAUGGAAUUGAAAAGGGGUCAGCCAUAGCCGAAGUGCCGCUCCAGCUGGUCGCCGGGGCGGAGACCAGCUCGACCGUCAUCAGAAGCACAAUGUGCUUUCUAAUGACCUCCCCUCGGGCUUACCAAAAGCUCAAGGAGCACAUCCAAGAUGCGAUCCAGACCGGUGUGGCAUCGUCGCCCAUAACCGUUGAGGAGGCAAAAAAGCUCCCAUAUCUGCAGGCCGUCGUCGCAGAAGGCAUCAGGAUGCGUCCCCCCGCGCCCUACGGUCACUACAAGUCCGUCCCCCCUGGCGGUGACACUAUCAACGGCAUGUUCAUCCCCGAGGGCACGGCUGUUGGGCACAAUUCGUUUUCGAUGAUGAGAAGACAAGAGAUUUUCGGUGCAGACGUGGAGGUAUUCCGGCCGGAGCGUUGGCUUGAGUGCAGCGAGGCUCAGAGACAUCAAAUGGACCGGACGAUCGACAUCCACUUCGGAGGGGGUCGGUGGAUGUGCGCGGGAAAGAUGGUGGCGUAUACUGAACUCCAUAAGAUAUACUUCGAGCUUUUGCGGGACUUUGAUUUCCAACUCGUGAAUCCUUCGACGCCGUUCAAGGAAGAUUCAUUUGUACUCUGGAGACAGACAGACAUGACUGUCAGGGUCUCUAAGGCCACUUGA